AUGUCUGCCAACGCCAGACCCAACUCGAGCGAAGACAUCGUCGCACAAAAGUAUGACCGCUGUCUCGCGGACCUGAUCGUGAAAGCCGGCAUCGGGUUCAGCGUGGGCGUCGUCGCCUCCGUCAUCCUCUUCCGCCGACGCGCAUGGCCGAUCGCGCUCACGACGGGUUUCGGCGCGGGCGCUGCGUACGCGGACUGCGACCGGUCGUUCAAUCCCGCGAGGAUAGCGGGCGUGCGGGUGCUCAAGGAAGAGAGCAAGUGA